GCUCUCCCAUUUUCCACACAAAGAAAGCACAGCGCCCCUCACAGGAAUGGAGGUGCACAUUGCCGCUAAACCAAGCAUCGCCAUAUUGAUAUCCCAACAACGUUGAGAGGUAAUUCACAUUAGCUUAUUUAGCUACGUAAAAGGGGCAUUGUUUUGAGUCAACUUUGUAUGUUAUUGCAUAUAAGACUAAUACUCUUAAAACAUACAUAAGUCUGUUUAGCUUUACUACCAUUAGCUAACAAGGUAGCCCACAGAAUGUUAGCUAAGGCGUUGUCAGCCAGUUGCCUCGCUAACUCUAUGCACUCCCAUGUCACUUUUUUUGCUUCUGAAAACAAAUACUAUUUUGUAGCUUGCGGUAGCUAGCAAUCUUCAACAUAUGUACGUCAGCUAAUACUAUUUACUGAUUUACUAACAUUUAUAGAUGAAUACCUGCCCAGCAAUGAAUGUUUCGUGUAUAUAACUAUAGCUAACAUUUGCUUGUUAGUUAGCUAGCCGAGUAGUCCAUCCGGUUUUGAUGUGGUGGAGUUAAACAUGGAAGCAGCUAGCGCGAGCUAGUUGGCUACCUGUGCAGGCCAUGGCUCGUGCGUGUGUGACUGUCGCAAGGGAGUUUCACCAAAGAUAAUAAAACCGUGUGGGUCCCAGCCGGACAGUGUUUAUCAUAAUGUAACUGCUUUGUGCACCGCAGAUGUUGACACUUGACAGACCGCUACAUAAUACCAUAGAAAUAAAGAAAGAUCGUAAGCAGCGACAGGUUUUUGAGUCAAGGCAGAGAGGUUCAGUUGAGACUCUUUGGCCAGGUAUUGUACUAAAUGAAUCACAUGUAUGUCUUCCAACAGGGCAUAUGACAGUGGGAAUCCUAGUGAUGACUCUACUGUGCCCAGUGCCCCCUGAUUAGACUGGUUGGAUGUCCUCCUUAACAACUACAACAAUUAGGUUUGUUGAUUUUAGCUAGCUAUUGUCUUAGAACACUUGAACCAGUAAAACUUUGACCAGUAUAGCUCCGGUUUCCCGAACACAGAUUAAUUCAGUGGAUAAUUUCCAUAGAGCAUGCUUUUUAGUCCAGGACUGGUCUUAAUCUGUGUCUGGGAAACCUGUCCAUAUCAUGAUGGCUACCUGACCAAAAUAUGUAGCUAUCCAACUAACAUCUUCUUGUGUGUUUUAUCCUGCAGCCUCUCUACCAAACCAACGUAGCAUCAGCUCUGCAGCGACCCCACCUGUCACCUGCAGCUUGGAGGAAACCUCCAAGGUACCAUUCACACUGUGAUCAAUCAUUCACACGGUGAUCAAUCACACUGUCAUAUAGGCUUUCUGUACCAAGUCAAGCGAGACAGCAGUCAAAUACCUGAUGCCAAACAGAAUGAUUCAUUAGUCUACAUUACUUUGAAUCAGUCACAUAAUUCUCCAUCUAUGGUUAUAGAUAUUUCUUAUAUAUGGAUCUGCCUUGAUAUCAUGUUUAUGUUUUUAUUAUAAUAGAUGUAUCUAUUUUCUAUGUCCCAGGUGAUCCAGAGAACAUCCUGUGUAUAAUAUGUCCGGCUCUGUCCCAAGCCGCUCUCGAGUGUACCCUGAUGUAAACACACAGAGACCUCGGGAGUACUGGGACUACGAGUCCCAUGUGGUGGAAUGGGGGUACGUAGUGUGUGUGUGUGGUUCAAAAGCUCAACACAUUAUUUUCUGUUGCAUGUUCUGGUAUGUGUAUUAGAUUGUAGUUGGUGUUACCUAGCUGAAAUUGUCAAGCCAUCACAUUGCUUGCCACUUCUCUGACUAUGUAGGAACCAAGAUGACUACCAGCUGGUGCGCAAACUAGGACGAGGCAAAUACAGUGAGGUGUUUGAAGCCAUAAAUAUCACCAACAAUGAGAAGGUUGUUGUCAAAAUACUCAAGGUUGGUACCAUAUUCAUUGAAUUGAAUUUAGUAUUUGGCAUUUUGUCCCCUAACUCAAAUUUCUCUCAUCUACAAAGAGACGUGCUGUAUGAAGUCCUGAUGGUAUUUUGUUAUGUUUGUCUAUAGCCUGUCAAAAAGAAGAAAAUCAAGAGAGAAAUAAAGAUUCUGGAGAACUUGCGAGGCGGUCCCAACAUCAUCUCACUGUUAGACAUUGUCAAGGAUCCUGUGGUGAGUAGAGCUCAUGAUCCUCUUUUCUGUAAGUCUGUCAUUGAUCACAUCCUAGUGAAGUGUAAAUCAUGACACAACCACAUGCCCAUUUUUUUUGGUGCCUUUUUUACAAUGGCUGUUGCUCAAUCACUAAGCAGAAACAAUGUGGUUCAUAUUCAGCUACCCCAUCCAGAGUUUCCCCUAGGAUUUUAUCCAGCAGCGGUGGCAAAGUUAGCAGGGGUGAGGGGGCGUGGCCAAUGGCGCUGUUUUAGAAGCCCUCCUCUUGGCCGCUUAGACAAAAUGUUGCUGUUUUAAAGCUAAUUUCCUACAAUUCUACAUAUAUUUCUAUGGGGCAUAGAGAACAUUUUACAGUUUUAAAGCUAGUUUCCUGAAAUGAUACACAUUUUGUCAUUGGGCUGAGAGAACAAUUGCAGUUUCAAUGCUAAUUUCCUGCAAUUCUACACAUUUUGCUUAUUCCUUGUUCUUAUGCUAAAUGAAUUGACUCAAACAUUAUAACAAAAUCAAUGCCAUGACAUUUUUUGAAUUUUUUAUUGUCCCUGACGGUCUAGUUUUUAUUUUGGUGAUUGUUAGUUCUCAAAGAUGAUCUUAUUUAAAAAAUAUAUUGCUCCAUUAUCAUUUCUACUUUAUAUCUGGUUUUAGUCAUUUGAGUUUACACUGAAAACGUUUUACUAUCCCACAUUUUUAUUUUUUUGUGGCGGCCACGAUUUAGCAGUGGCGGUGCACCUCUGCUAAAUGCAUAUAGGGGAAACACUGCCAUCCUUGUGUGUACUCUGGUUGAGUGAGUGAUUGUAGUUAUUAUGUCUUCUCAGUCUCGAACUCCCGCGCUGGUUUUUGAGCAUGUAAACAACACCGAUUUCAAGGUGAGGAGAGAAACAAGGUUCAUCUGUCUGUACAGAAUUCUAAUUAACGUUACAUUCUGAACCAAUGUCCAGCCAUCUCAUUUUGAUAGAUUUUUUUUCUCUGUAUUUCAGCAACUGUAUCAAACUUUAUCGGACUUCGACAUACGGUUCUACAUGUUUGAAAUCUUGAAGGUAAGGGAUGGUUUCAAAAAACAAAUAAAGCAACACAUCACAACGCCUCUCCCCGAUGUGACCUACUUGUUGUGUGUAUGUACUGACAUGUAUGUGUAACUAAUAGAUGCACACACGUUACAUGUUAAUGUUUUUAAAUGUAUGUAAAGUAUUUUGUCUGUAAUGUCUUUUUCGUUAUGUGUUAGACCCCAGUAAGACUAGCUGUCGCCAUUGGCUUCGGCUAAUGGGGGUCUUAAUAAAUCAAAUCAAAUCUCAGAUGCCAAUGAUACAUCUCGCAUUUAGACUACUGUUAGUUUAAACCAUGACCUAAUUGUUUAUUCUCAGGCCCUUGACUACUGUCACAGUAUGGGGAUCAUGCACAGAGAUGUCAAGCCACACAAUGUGAUGAUUGAUCAUGAACACAGAAAGGUAUGGAUUCCCUCUCCCACUUUCAUUCAUUGUUACUAUAGAUGCUAUCACUACCAUAACUCUGGCACCCCAAUGGUGGAACAAGCUCCCUCACGACGCCAGAACAGCGGAGUCACUCACCACCUUCCGGAGACACUUGAAACCCCACCUCUUUAAGGAAUACCUGGGAUAGGAUAAAGUAAUCCUUCUACCCCACCUUACCCCACCCCAAAGAAAAAAAAAAGAAGAAAAAAAACAUAUUGUAAAGUGGUUAUCCCACUGGCUAUAAGGUGAAUGCACCAAUUUGUAAGUCACUCUGGAUAAGAGCGUCUGCUAAAUGACAUAAAUGUAUAACUAACCAGCUGACUUUGUUAGCUGUUUUUGUUUCCUUAUGGUUGCUUAUUGUAAAGCGUCUUUGGGAUUUAGAAAAGCCCUAUAUAAGACCUGUGUAUUAAUAUUGUUAUUAUCAUAGAAUUAGGAAUUAGAACUCAGAAUUAGGAAUUAGAACUUAUUAUGAACUCCAAACACAAGCAAUAAUGGGUGUUUUCUUGUAGCUCCGCCUGAUCGACUGGGGCUUGGCAGAGUUCUACCACCCUAACCAGGAAUACAAUGUGAGAGUGGCCUCGCGCUACUUCAAAGGACCUGAGCUGCUGGUAGACUACCAGGUGAGACCACUCAAUACAGUCUGAGAAGACUAGUUAUAAACAUGAAACUAACUAGGCUAGGUCUAGUUGGCCACAAAUCUAUAGUAGCAUGUUGUUAAUGUAGUUAUAAUAAUGUAGUUAUAAGCUGGUAUAGUAAUGUAGUCAUUGUUGUUUUAAGCACGACUCUCUCUCUCUCUCCCUCGCUCUCUCUUCCUCUCUCCUUCCCUCUCUCUUUAUUUCAGAUGUAUGAUUACAGUUUAGACAUGUGGAGUUUGGGCUGUAUGUUGGCCAGCAUGAUCUUCAGGAAGGAGCCUUUCUUCCACGGACACGACAACUACGACCAGGUAGAAUUGUCUCUCAUGGUGCUGAUCACAACGUCUUGAUAUUGAAUCCUGAUGCUACAGCACUGAUUGUAACUAUCAAGUGGAUGUCUUGUUGCUCUCUUUGUUGCAACUUUCUGUAGGAUUACAAGGAAGUAUUUUGGUUUGUCUCCAAUCAGGAGAGAAUAAUUGAGUCUCUCGUAGUGUUGAUGAACAACCAUCAAACAAUGUCUUGAUCAUGAUGAUGCUACGGUCUUUACAACAAGGCUGAUGUUUGCUGUUUAGUGCAUAUCUCUAGCUCUCUUACUUGACUGCCAGUUGAAUUCCAGAUUUCUGUAUAUGCUUACAAGUAGGCCCUAGGCUUUUGUUUAGUUUGUCUUCUCUCUAAAAUGUUAUAUUUCUGUUUUACAGCUCGUACGGAUUGCUAAAGUCCUUGGCACAGAGGACUUGUAUGACUACAUCGACAAGUACAACAUUGAACUAGACCCACGGUUUAAUGACAUUCUGGGCAGGUGAGAAUAACCAACAUUUCAUUGUCAGAUUACUUCAACAGAACUGGACUGCAGAAUGUAUUACUGAAUGGUCCAAAUACACAAUGUGAAUGUCAAUUUAUACCUGACCCCUGCCUUGAGUAAUUCAGGUUAUUAAUGCCCAGAUUAUUGACCCAUAGAAACAGAAAGAGUUGAACGGCAAAAGCCCCUCAGACCAUGAUAAUUUGACAGUGCACUCAUGGGUACAGUCAGUAUGGCUACCAGUCCACACACAAUGGAACGUUGACUUGAAGGAGCUUGUCUCUUUCUAUCUAUUGAUUUGACUUUUUCCUUGUUUUGUCUCCUUUUCCUCCAUACUUCUUUGUAAAGUGUCUUGAGAGAACUUUGUGAAUCUACACUCUGAAUAAAUGUUGACUUGAUUUUAUGUAUUGACAUCUCUCUCCUGGUCCAUUCUCCAGACACUCCCGUAAGAGGUGGGAGAGGUUUGUGCACAGUGAGAACCAGCACCUGGUGAGCACCGAGGCACUGGACUUCCUGGACAAGCUGCUGCGUUACGACCACAACGCCCGCCUCACCGCCCGGGAGGCCAUGGAACACCCAUACUUCUGUGAGUUUCCCCUCAACCUCCACUCAGAUUUCUAG